UUGAGAAGACCACCAUUCCAGCUAGUACACCAUCUUCUACAGCCAAAACCGAAACAACAACUAUUGUAACAACUACCAGCCCUGAAACUACGACAUUGGUGCCAGACUGUGACCACUUCGAUCCUCCAAGAAAGAAUGGUGAAUCUUGGAGUGUUGACAACUGUACCAAAGCAACAUGCACCCACGGUUCUGCUGUCUUGACGCCAAAGGAGUGUGAGCCAGUGAAAUCAGUCGUUUGUGAGAACGGACAUUCCCCAGUUAAGGUCUAUGAUGAGUCUGGAUGCUGCUUCCAGUAUGAAUGUCAAUACUGCUUGGGGCCUAAUGACACGACCAAACAGCCAGGCGAGAAGUGGGAGAGCAACUGCCAGGAGUGUGAGUGUCCCAUGAACUCCACCACUCCCCUCUGUAAACCUGUGGAGUGUUCAAUCAAGCCAAACAAAACCUGCGAGAAGGCUGGUCAGGUGCCCGUGGUCGAGAUUGUGGACUGCUGCGAGAAGGUCACAUGUGAAUGUGAUGUGGACACAUGCCCACAGACAAGCCACACCUGCUCCGAAGGGUUCCAGCCAAUAGUAACUACCCCAAAAGGAAGCUGCUGUCCUGAAUAUGACUGCCAGCCCAAGCCUGUCUGUGUCUACAAUAAAACAGAAUAUCAGCCAGGAGCAGUUGUUCCCUCAGACAAGUGCGAGGAUUGCAAAUGUGGCUCCACUGUAGAUCCGGACACUAAACUCCAUUCUGUCGAGUGCACCCCAGUGAAGUGUGAUGAGAGCUGCAAGCUGGGCUCUGAAUACGAGGCUGUGCCCGGUGAGUGUUGUGGCAAGUGUGUGGAGAAGAACUGUGUUGUUAUGUUACCUGGCAACACAACACAAAUCCUUGAGCCCGGCCAGAUCUGGACACCUCCAAAUGACAAGUGUUCAAAGUACAAAUGUGAGAAGAUAGAGGAUCAGCUGGUUCCUGUUGAAGUGAAAAUGGUCUGCCCUGAAUUCAACCCAGAGAACUGCAUUCCUGGCACUGAAAAAACUGAUGAAGAUGGAUGUUGCGAAACCUGUACUCCACAUGAGGACUGCAAAGUCAUGAAGAACAGCACUCACCUGGAGAAAAAUGGCUGCAAGACCACAGAGCCUGUGGAAGUCAACUCCUGCGAAGGCAACUGCGCAACCUCCUCCAUGUACUCUGUGGAGGCUAAUUCUAUGGUUCACGCAUGCUCCUGUUGUCAAGAGAUGUCCACAAGCAGCAAGGAGGUGGAGAUGGCCUGCCCAGAUGGGACAAAGAUCAGCUACACCUACACUUACGUUGAAACAUGUGGCUGCAAGCCCUUGGAGUGCCCUGAGGAAAAAUCUUCCCAGAAAGUAUCACGGCGAAGGCGUCGAUGAACCAACGGACAGAUUCAUGGCCGCCACUCCUCUGAUGAUCAUUCCUCUGGUUGACCGUAUAAAGACUAUACAAUUCUCCCAAUAGAAAAAUGUUAGGUUUAGGCUUAUUAGGGUCAGCUGUAAAACAUAGUGUGUUUUUUCUUUCUUUCUGUUGGUUUUUAAAGGCAAGACUUCAUUUUAAUCUCAUUUAACUUUUAUUUAAUAUACAUCUGAAUUAGCUCAGAUGGUGAGUGAUGUUUCAGUUUUUGAAUGGAAUGGGUUUAACAUUAAAUACCGGGAAGAAAUAGGGGGAUUAUCACUGCAUUAUAGUGUCUAUCUUAGCUUUAACCGUUUAUAGAAUAUAGCUGCUUAUAGAAGGGUGUUUCUGUUCUUACCUGUAUUAACCUCUUAAUAAACUGUAGCAAUUGAAAUGA